UUGAGUCACACAGGGGGAUCUAGACCUAGAUCUAGAUCUAGCUUUUGAAAAAAAUCUUGAUAUUUUGGUGUAAAAUUUAAAAAUUGCUAAACACUCAAAUCACGUUCUAUCUCAGGGUUAUGAUGAAACUUUAAUACAAUAUUAUUGCAAAUAGCAUCGAUCCUUUGCCAAUUGAGAGCGAAUCCACCACCAACGUUGUUGUCAUUUUAAUUUGGAUUUCGGAGUGUGAUCAUUAGAAUCUACAGGAUUUUCGAAAGUCAACGCUACAAAAAUCGACACACUGACUUUUUGGGUACAUCUUUGGGCCCUUCUUUGAAUAGGCUUACUUUUAAAACUAAUCCAGAUCUAUGUCGAAAAAGGUGGCCUUCGACGACAAUGAUCCUCUUGUCGAGGAGACAGACAAGAAUACAAGAUUUAAGGAAAAGCAUUCGCUGGAUAGCGAUGAGGAAGAUGAAACGACGAAGUAUGAUGUUCUUGCUGAAGAUGAUAUUGAAGGGCAAGAGGAGGCGACGAUAGACUUUGACGAUGAGAUUCAAAUCACUCCUUUCAACAUGCGUGAGGAGAUGGAAGAGGGACAUUUUGAUUCUGAUGGCACUUACAUUUUUGAUAAGACAAAGGAAUUCCAUGACAAUUGGAUUGAUAACAUUGACUGGGUGAAGGUGAAACACAACAAGCCGGAGGAUGAAGAAGGCGGCACAAAACGCCCGUUCCAGUACGACUCUGAUGACUCUGACAGUGAUGAGGACACAAAGAAAACAAAUUUGAUACAAGUCUACGAAGAAGUCUUGACUAUUGUGCAGGAAGGAGAGAAUAUUGGAAAAGCCAUACGCAGACUGGGCAAGAACAGGGCCAAGAUUCCUUCAGCCAGCCAGAGAUGGAAGAACAAAAAACUGAAGGCGUCCGGCAAACUGUCCGAGGCUGACCAGUCAGCUGUGGACCAAGCGGUGUCGGAGCAGAAGCAGAUGCUGCGGCUGACAGAGCUAUCGGACCAGCUGGUCCACCGGGGCAUGGUGGAGAUUUACGAGACGCCGUACGAGAGAAUCUCAUUCACAUUGAAACAGUUGAAGGAGAAAGAGAAGGCUUCAAAACUAACCAUAGCAGAAGGCAUGAAGGAUGAUGAUGCCCUAGACAUGUUUGCUGACGACUUUGAUUCCAAGGAGGCUGAGAAGAUCAAAGGCCCUGAUGGAGACUCAGAGCCGAAAACGUCUUCUGCGGAGGAUGGAGAGAAGUUUGAUAACUUCAAGAAACCCAAAUUGGUGGCGCCAAAAUCUGCGUCUUCGUCAUCUUCUUCCCAGUCGUCAUCAGCCACAGCAACAUCAGUUUUGGAAGGCACAAGUGGUGUGCUUUGGGAGUACAAGGAAGAGAACACGGAGGACGCGGAGCUCAAAGGUCCCUUCACGACAGCACAGAUGAUCGGAUGGGCGGAUGAUGGUACCUUCGGUAACGGUGUGUUCUGUCGCAAGCAUCUUUCGGGGAGCCAGUUCUACAACUCUGCCAGAAUCGACUUUGAGCUGUACGAAUAACAUGAUGUUGUUCUGCUGUUAAAUGUUUUUGUAUGGAUUUCAUUAUGUCAAUUCUGCGGUCAAUCGUCUAUGAGGAGCCACAUGCAUGAAUACAAACUGACCCAUUUUAUGUUUGUGUAGGCGAAUAAGUUACUAUGCUCAAGGUUUUAGCCUUUGUUGGUCCAAGGAAAUCCUUAUGGUCUGAUUGUCAUUCACAUCAUUCAGUUCCUUUGAGUACCUUUGAAGUCUUAGUACAAAAAGUUGAAAUAAACUGUUGACAUGCUACAGAGAAAUAAGAACAUGCUAUGAAAAAAUAAGAAUGUCAUUUUGUAAGCUGUUGACUUGCUAUGGAGAAAUAAGAAUGUCAUUUUGUAAGAUGUUGACUUGCUAUGAAGAAAUAAGAAUGUCAUUUUGUAAGCUGUUGACCUGCUGUGAAGAAAUAACAAUGUCAUUUUGUAAACUGUUCACCUGCUGUGAAGAAAUAAGAAUGUCAUUUUGUAAGAUGUUGACAUGCUAUGAAGAAAUAAGAAUGUCAUUUUGUAAGCUGUUGACCUGCUGUGAAGAAAUAACAAUGUCAUUUUGUAAACUGUUGACCUGCUGUGAAGAAAUAAGAAUGUCAUUUUGUGAACUGUUGACCUGCUGUGAAGAAAUAAGAAUGUCAUUUUGACUGCUUAGUUAGUGUAGGACUCUGCCAUACGGCGUUUUGAAAAGUGACAUGGAAUGGUGUUGUACGCUGAGCGGUCAAUUUGUGCUUGAAGUGAAGUGUUGCUGUCUAGAUUGCUUCAGAGAAGAUGUUGCUCGUUACAGUGGCGCUAAGAGUGCUCUGCUUAAAAUGAUGCACUGGGGAAAUUCUAGUGAAAUUGAAAAAAAAUAAGUGUGUCUUUUAAGAAGAAGGGUUUAAAAAUUGUCAUUAUGCCAAUAGUACUUUUGCCUGCUCAUAAAGUAUUCACAGACAGUGUUUUGCAAUGUAAAGUUAGUUUCAGAUGAACUACUUUCCUCUAUCCAUAGCUAUAUCUUAGUUGGGAAUCACCCCUAAAGAUCCGUUGGUAUCGUGCUGGACUGUGUUUCGUUUUACCUAGGUCUGGACCCCCACACUAACUGUUUUGAACCAGGUUGUUUUCCAAAUGUUCAACUCAAGGCUCUCUUGCUCUGUCUUAUCACAGAUGAAUAUUAUCUUCAGAUGCUUGCCUCUGCAAUAAUGUUAUAGUGUUUGGAAGGGCCGUUUAAAAUCUACACUGCCAUUCCGUGUGUCACAGAUUUGCUGGAUCAAUCAUAGAUAUUGUUUUUGUUGUAGGUUUGCUACAGACUGUCAAAAUUUUAAAUUUAGUGAAAAAGGUUUCCUGCUUGGCAGAGUGUUUUAUUUUAGGACCCGUGGAAUACAAGGUCAGUAUAAUAUCCAUAGCUGCGAACAAGUAUGUAAGAAAAGUAUUUAAUACGAUUUUGGAGUUCUCAGUAUGAAUGUGAGUCCAUUUUCAUGUCAGAAAAUAUGUAUUCUCUGUUUUCUUGUGUUGCUCCUCACAGACUUGCCUUGCUUAAGAAAAGUUAUGCACUUUCAAUACCCAAUUUGUGAAUUCUAAUGAGAAUGACGCCCAAAUAAAUCUAGUAUUGUAACCAUGUGGCUCACCACAGUUAUGUUAUUGAUCCUGAAUUUUAUUGAAUACAGGAAAAUAUGUUUGAAGACUUAAGAGUUGGGUUACUUGCCCAAUGCUCACCAUCUUGAUCUGCCCUGUUGGUAUAGUCUUGGUUUUUGGGAUAUUUUUUAAAGGUUAUCAGCUAUGAUUAUGUUGAAAGUUUGUUUUAAUUCUUUCAGAGCUGCCCAUUUUUAUCAAUUAUUCCGGUAUUUACCAAUUUAGGACCUGUUGUAUUACCAUUCUAAUAGAGAUGCUGGAGCUACCAAAUUUACGAUGGAGGCCAAGAUUCUUUCAAAUGCUUUGUCAAAAUCAGUGUUCAUGCACAUUCACAGUAGAGAUGAACACCAGCCAUGUAGUGCCAAUGUACUGGGGCAAGGUCUUUAAUCCUUAAAGUACCGAAGGCUCAUGUAGGAUAAAAACCCUCAAGUACCGCACCAGUUUGGAACGCUGAAGCCAUGGUAGAAUAUUCGUGUUUAGAAAUUCAAAGAGUUUCAUCAACCAUUCAGAUAUCACAUGAGCAAUUUCCUUUUGUGUUUACUUCGGUGCAGUGGGUUCGUUUGUUGUUUAGAGAUAUGUUUAGUGUGCCUGGUCAAGUUGGCGACUUUAUUCAAUGAGGGCAUACUUUGGCAUGGCGGCUAAAGUCACCGACGGUAUUGUAAGUCUGUUAAAUAGUUACGGUGCCACUUGCCCCUUAGGGGUAACUCAUGGAGUUUAUUUUACUACUAUAUGUGUACAUGAUGUACAAGGAGAAAUGUUGGAUGACGUCUUAGCAUGACCGGCAAUGUGUUUUCUACACAUUUUUGCUUUGAGCAAGCAUUGUGAAUAAACAUUUGAUAAGCGUA